AAUUUGAUCAAAAUUUUUUAUUAUUUAGGUAUUCCAAAGCUCUACCUUAGUCCUAGAUUAUGUCAUUAAACGUAUCUUACACUGCCAUAUUGUUGUGCAUUUGUUUUCUUUGGUAAAGAGUUAUCUUGUGGGUCUCUCAUGAGGAUAAAAGGCUUGUUGGCAACAGUACUCAUUUGUGGUACUUACUAAUUUCACGUCAGUAAUUCGAAGUAGUGCUAAGUUGUUCAAAGUUCAAUGUGGAAUUUGCUGAUUCUGAUACUCCCUCUUCAUAGUUUGUGUGGAUGAGGAGAACUGCUGUUUUGUUUUCUUGGGACACAGCGAGUUGGCUGAGUACUGCGCAGUAUUGCGUACUGUUUUAAGUUUGGUUUUGAACUCCAGUGAUACCAGCAGCAGUGUGUGAAAGCAUUCCGUUCUGAUUUGCUGCCUAAAACGGAACCGAUCAUGUGUUUGAAGAGAUUAGCCUUCUUGCCUCUUAUGGUGGAGGGGCAGGUGGUGCGGGGAUUUGGCCGAGGAAGCAAGGAGCUGGGAAUUCCAACAGCUAAUUUCACCGAUGAAGUCGUCAAAAAACUGCCUCUAGAGAUGGAAAACGGCGUGUACUUCGGCCUGGCCAGUGUUGACGCAGGCGCCGUGGAUCGCAUGGUGUUGAGUGUCGGAUGGAAUCCUCAAUUUCAUAAUCAACUUAAAACUAUGGAAACUCAUAUACUGCGAGAUUUUUCACGGGAUUUUUACGGUAGUACGCUGCGCGUGGCUGUUCUUGGAUAUAUUCGUCCUAUGACGAGUUUUACAUCGUUAGAUGAACUCAUUGCUGCUAUUAAAGAUGAUAUCCGCAAAGCCAACGAUGAACUGGAUAAACCGGAAUAUGCGAAGUAUUGCAGUCAGGAUUUUUUCACGCGCCCGUUGGACAGCGCCGCGAAAGAAAAUUUACCGAGCAAGGAAGGCAUUUCCGAUAUCUCGAAUAAUUCUCAGGAAUUCCGCAGCUGACGGUGAAGAGCGGAUGAUUUUUCCAAUCAAAUCUGGAUAACUUCUCCAGUUGAAUUUGUAUGUAUGAACCAAGAAUCGGCUGCAUUCCUAAUUCAGCUGUUCCGCGUCCAUUAAUUUAUGUUCCUGCCAUUUAGCCUGAUUUUGGAUGAUAGUGAUUACUUUUAGUGACAUUACGGAUCUUCCGUCCUGAUUCCGAGUGUGAAAUUUUCCUUGUGAUCAAUUUGCUGUGCAACUGUUACAUCUCAUGAAAGUUUAUAAAAAUAUGAUUAUAUUAAUUUAUACGAGUAGAAGUAUACUCUGGAUUAUCUGUUGAUCUUUUGCGAGAGAUUAUUGACUACUGCGUUUCGUUUCUAAUGUUCUGUUAAGGCUGGCCAAAUAAAUUUUACCGGUUUA